CAUCACGUUUGUAGUAGUAGUAUGGCUUGGCUUCGGCUUCAGCAUCACGUUUGUAGUAGUAGUAUGGCUUGGCUUCGGCUUCAGCAUCACGUUUGUAGUAGUAGUAUGGCUUGGCUUCGGCUUCAGCAUCACGUUUGUAGUAGUAGUAUGGCUUGGCUUCGGCUUCAGCAUCACGUUUGUAGUAGUAGUAUGGCUUGGCUUCGGCUUCAGCAUCACGUUUGUAGUAGUAGUAGGGUUUGGCUUCGGCUUCAGCGUCACCGACAGCCAAAGCAACGAACAAGAAAGCAAAUAAACACUGAUGAUUUACAGCCGGAUGUGGUGGCAGAUAAACAAAUAUUUACAUUUUCAGAUAAGAAAUUCAGUUAUCGUUCAUCCGAGUGA